AUGCUUUUCUGCCCGUACUGCGCCAACAACCUGACUAUCGGAGAUAGAGAAGAUAGCGCGGACAAGUGCUGGAUUUGUCCGACAUGUCCUUAUCAAUUCAUAAUUGACAGACAGAUCUCGAUGCGAACACAUCUGAAGCGAAAGCAAGUGGACGACGUUUUGGGAGGCAAGGAAGCUUGGGCGAAUGUGGACAAGAUCGAUGCUGCUUGUCCUAAGUGCGACUUCAGAAAAGCAUACUUUCGACAAUUGCAGAUUCGGUCAGCAGAUGAGCCUAUGACCACUUUCUACAAAUGUGUUGAAUGCUCUCAUCAAUGGCGAGAAGUGAGAUACCCUCAACUAUGCCUGGACGUGUGA